AAAUUGUUGAAAAGAAAACAUCCACUUCCGGUUUGGGUUGACACGUUGUUACGUUUGUUUAUCUUAGUUUGAUACAACUAUGAAGGCCUUGAUUCUAGUUGGAGGAUAUGGAACAAGGUUACGACCUUUGACCCUUAGUGUAGCCAAACCGUUGGUAGAAUUUGGUAACAAACCCAUGUUACUUCAUCAGCUGGAGGCAUUAGUAGAGGCUGGAGUGAAGCAUAUCAUUCUAGCGGUCAGUUAUAGAGCUGAACAGAUGGAGCAGGAGCUAAAGAAUGUAGAGGAACAGCUUGGUGUAAAAAUCAGUAUUUCCUUAGAAACAGAGCCUCUAGGAACUGCUGGUCCUCUAGCUUUGGCCAAGGAUCUCCUAACACAGGACCACGAGCCUUUCUUUGUCCUAAACAGCGACAUCAUCUGUGAUUUCCCGUUCAAACAGAUGGUUCAGUUUCACAAGCAUCAUGGUCGUCAAGGAACCAUUGUGGUUACAAAAGUAGAUGAGCCUUCAAAAUACGGUGUGGUGGUGUACGACCCAGAGAACGGGCGGAUCCAAAAGUUUGUGGAGAAACCUCAGGAGUAUGUGUCCAACAAAAUCAACGCAGGGAUGUACAUACUCAGCCCCUCCGUCCUGGACAGGAUAGAGUUGAAGCCAACUUCUAUAGAGAAAGAAGUAUUCCCAUUCAUGGCGAAUGAUAAUGAUUUAUAUGCAAUGGAACUUCAGGGAUUUUGGAUGGAUGUAGGACAACCCAAAGAUUUCCUGACAGGAAUGUGCAUGUAUCUCAGUUCAUUGCGGGAAAAGUCACCUGAUUUACUCCAUAACGAAGAAGGCAUUGUGGGUAAUGUGUUAGUGGAUCCAACAGCUAAAAUAGGAAGAAACUGUAGGAUAGGACCCAAUGUUACGAUCGGCCCUGAUGUAGUGAUCGAGGAUGGAGCCUGUAUAAAGCGGUGUACGAUACUGAGGGGAGCUCGAGUCCGCUCACACUCGUGGCUCGAGUCCUGUAUCAUAGGAUGGAGAUGUGUGGUGGGCAGAUGGGUGCGGAUGGAAAAUGUGUCGGUCCUGGGAGAGGAUGUGACUGUGAAGGAUGAACUGUACAUCAAUGGCGGUAGAAUCCUGCCCCACAAGUCAAUCAGUGACUCAGUCCCAGAACCUCAGAUCAUCAUGUAAACUCACCACUGGACCCCCCUCCCCCCACACAACAAUAAUCCAUGGACGAACAGAUCUGUGUACGUUUGCAACCAUUUUAAUUUUUCACUUUUAUUUUUUUCAAGAUACAAAACCAUUUCUUUGAGGGUUAUUAAUUCAUUACAAGAGGACAACAUGUAUUUGAUAUUUAAUAUUUAUAUGUCUAUUUGGGAUUUAUUUGUAAAACAAUUUACAUCAGAUUCAUUGGUACAUGUACAAUCACAUUCUUUAGUUCCUGUAUUUUUCAUCCCCCUGAGAAAUGAAUAUCAGAGGACUAAGUACAAUCAAUCACACUAUUAUAUGUUAUGCAUAAUUUAGUUGAAACAGUGUAUGAGACAUUUACCGAUACACUUUCUUGGAAUUUUCGUCAUAUACUGUUAUGUUUACUUAGAUUGUCUAUGCAAAAAGGGAGUAAUAAUUAACCAUUUUGUUGUCAGUUCAUAAUGUAAUUUAGUUAGAGAUUUCAAGUUUAUGUAGUUCACUAUUCAUCAAAAUACAUUUGUGUGAAAUAUCUAAUUUUAAUUUCUAUUGAUACAAUAUGCAUAAGCCAUUACAUCACAUGGAAUGAAAGUAGUUCACAGUAAAGUAAAACACGGUUAUGACAAACAGGCUUAUAAUGAAUUGAUGCUUUCAGUGAAGUGAAUUUCAUUCCCUGUGACUUAAUUACAUGUUGUAAUCUUGACGGCUUUAACAAAUUAUGCUUAUAACGAAGCAAAAACACCCAUCCCUGGGACUUCGUUAUAAACAUUUAAUGUAUUUUGAGGGAGAUAAUGAAUUGACUUUGCUCAGUAGGUAAAUAUGACUUAUUAGUGUUACAUAUAGAAAGAAUAGAUUGAUUUAUAUUCACAUUUUUUUUCCUUCGUUUUUGGAGGGAGGAGGUGAAAAAUUUUAAAAGAACAUAACAUAUAAUGGAUGAGAUAUUAUCAUUUUUAGAAGUGUUACAUAAAUUGUAAGCCCAGUGUAAAAUCAUUAGCAUAAUGCCAAACAAUGAAGUCAUCUGUUAAUGUAAUUAUUUAUUUUGGUGCCAAGUUUCAGAUAAGUGUUUUUAUUAGUGUUUCAUGUAACCUUUGCAAAAGUACAUUUGCUUCAUGAUCCAGAGGCCAGGGCCCAAAGAUAUGAAUGCAGAAAUGUUCUGUCAGUAAGGAGAUUUUUGUGGAAAUCAACUUAUAGUUACUGGUAUUAUUAUUCUACAUUAUUUAUGUACCAUGUUGCUGUAAACAAGAUAUUUUGUAGCAUCAUACCAUGACCUGUAUAUUGGUAUUUACAUUCCGUGCAUGAAAUCCUAAUUGUAUACUGCUGUAAGCUUUGUGUUUCACUCACAGAAUUGUGCGAGCGAGAGAUAGCGUGUUUUUUUAUUAGGGAGACAAUACUAUACUUAUCAUUCAUAUUUAUCUCGAUUUGUCCUGAGUGUGAGAUGUUUAGGUGUGAAUUAUCCCUUAUUAUCAUGUGUUCUUUGUAGAUAUGGAAAAUAUCUCUAAUUUUCACCCCAUUUUUUAUUGUUAUAUAUGCGAGGGUGUACAUGUAUUUAGAUGGAGCUUAUCAUGGUAGUAAUAUGACGAGAUUGAUGUAUAUAAAUUAAAUAACCACUAUUGAGGAGUCAAUGUAUUUCUCUGAACACUGCCAUUAAUAAAGAAACAACUUGUAUAUUAAAGAAAUUUUUAUUUUGCUUAACAAAUUAUAAUCAUUUAUGUAACACCAGAACAAUGUUUUGCAGAUAUUAAGGUCGAAUAAAGUUGUACUGGAAAAUAUACCAAA